CUUUUGAAAGAAUCCACCUCUGCGGCCAGACACCAAGCUUCAUCUCUGUGCUGCUGGGCUGUCUGGGCUAGGCUAUAAAAUAGAGCCAAAGCAGCGCAGCUGGCUCAGAGACCAGACCGAAUUCUGCAGUCAGCGCAGGACCCGUGCGCAGCCUGUGCCGCCUCCUGCAUUGUUGUUUUUCCUGGAAUACAGACCCGACCUCGGAGCAAGAUGUGCAAGGGACUCGCUGCUCUGCCAGCCACUUGCUUAAAAAGUGCCAAAGACAUGAAGCACCGUUUGGGCUUCUUGCUGCAGAAGUCAGACUCCUGUGACUACAGCUCUUCCCAGGGCAAGAAGGAGAAGAUAUCUUCAAGCCAGAGGCUUAGCCAGGAGGAAGUCAGAAAGUGGGCAGACUCUUUGGAAAAUUUGAUCCAUCAUGACAGAGGACUGGCUGCUUUCCGUGCUUUUCUCAAAUCUGAGUACAGUGAGGAAAACAUCGAGUUCUGGGUCAGUUGUGAGGACUACAAGAAAACCAAGUCACCAGCCAAGCUCAGCCCCAAGGCCAGAAAGAUCUAUGAUGAGUUCAUCUCGGUGCAGGCCACAAAAGAGGUGAACUUGGAUUCAUGCACACGGGAGAAGACGAGCCACAAUAUGCUGGAGCCUACACUGUCCUGCUUUGAUGAGGCUCAGAGAAAAAUAUUCACCCUCAUGGAAAAGGAUUCUUACCGCCGUUUCCUCAAGUCCCCUUACUACCUGGACUUGGUCAGCCCACCUGGUGCUGGCUGUGUGCCUGAAACCUGCAAAAGAAACCACACUCACACCUUAGACUGCAACUCUAACAUCAUCUCUCAGUGUGCCUGAACCUGCAGCGAGGCAGGUGCGGGCUGGGCUCUCGCAAGAAUACAUGGCAGCAAAAGCAUUCAUUGGCAUGAAGCAACAGAGCUGUCUCCAAUAGCUGUCUAAUGUCCCAGUUGUAUCCCAUGUCAUGCAACAGCCAGCAUUCGUAACCCAAUCCAGGCUCAGUUUGUGUAGCAAACCCUCCUCUGACUCCGUCGGUGUAGGAGCCCUGGGGUCUGUCUGACAGGAAAGCUGGGUGCAGUCGCUGCGUGUCUGCUGUGUGUCUGGCGAGCCCUGUGAGCCCAGGCAGGCACUGGGGAGCACACGCUCAGCCCUGGCACUGCCUACCAAGGGACCAGGCUUGUGAUGUCACCGUGUGACACCUAGCAAGGAGCAGGACAAAGAGGAAGCCAAGGGAAGCAGUGGGGACUGUGAUCUCCCCUUUCUAAUCUGCAAAAGCUUAGGUGAAAAGGACUUGCUCUGGUCCUUAGAUGUUCAUAUAGCUCCCA